AUGUGUAAAAGGGUUGUUUGUCCAAACGACGGUUUACCUACUUGGUGGGGAUGUGGUCAGACUGACGAUCAGGCUUUGGCCGGCGUACCUAAAGAAGAUAGAUGUACUUGUGAACAUGUCCCUAUUCCUGGACGUCAAGGGAUGUAUGAGGUUGUCAAG